AGAAGAAAUAAUUUCUAAUUUUUCGUCAGAAGAGUCCAUUGCUAAUGAUAGACCACCAAAUAGAAAAAAAUACACAAAACAUGGAAGACCUAGAGGAAGCUAUAUCUGGGAUCAUUUUAUUGAAGAAGGAGAUGAACGAAUUUGUCAAGUAAAAGUGCCCCUUUCUCUGGAGCAUCCAAAUGGAUUAUGUGGCAAAAGAUUACCAAAUGUAUCAAGUACUA